AUCUCGCAGAAUCGCUCGGUUAACCAGUGCGCUGGCGAGACGCGCUCAGAUAUACUGAGUGAGCCCUGAGAAGCAGUCUCAGAUCCUGACGGUGCAGCAGCCCGCAGCCUCAGCUAGAGAGUCCCAGCCGCUUUCAAUGGAGGAGAAGCCCGGCCAGCCACAGUCUCAGCACCAUCACAGCCACCACCAUCCGCACCAUCACCCCCAGCAGCAGCAACAACAGCAGCCGCACCACCACCACCAUUAUUAUUUCUACAACCACAGCCACAACCACCAUCACCAUCACCAUCACCAGCAGCCUCACCAAUACCUGCAGCAUGGAGCCGAGGGGAGCCCCAAGGCCCAGCCAAAGCCGCUGAAACAUGAGCAGAAACACGCCCUCCAGCAGCACCAGGAAACGCCGAAGAAGAAAACAGGCUAUGGUGAACUAAAUGGUAAUGCUGGAGAAAGAGAAAUAUCUUUAAAGAGCCUGGGUUCUGAUGAAGCUACCAACCCUAUUUCCAGGGUCCUCAAUGGCAACCAACAAGUGGUAGACACUAAUCUGAAGCAGACUGUAAAGUCCAGCACCUUUGGGAAAGCAGGAAUUAAAACCAGGAAUUUCGUUCAGAAAAACAGUAUGGACAAAAAGAAUGGGAAGUCUUACGAAAAUAAAUCUGGAGAGAACCAAUCUGUAGACAAGACUGAUACUGUAGCAAUUCCAAAUGGUGUUGUAACAAGUAAUUCUGGCUAUAUUACUAAUGGUUAUAUGGGCAAAGGAGCAGAUAAUGAUGGUAGUGGAUCUGAGAGCGGAUAUACCACUCCUAAAAAAAGGAAAGCUAGGCGCAAUAGUGCCAAGGGUUGUGAAAACCUUAAUUUAGUGCAGGACAAAAUAAUGCAACAAGAGACCAAUGUCCCAACCUUAAAACAGGGACUUGAAACUUUCAAGCCUGACUACAGUGAACAAAAGGGAAAUCGAGUAGAUGGUUCAAAGCCCAUCUGGAAGUAUGAAACUGGGCCUGGAGGAACAAGUCGAGGAAAACCUGCUGUGGGUGAUACGUUGAGGAAAAGCUCUGAUGUUAAACCUGGUGUAAGCAACAAGAAGUUUGAUGACCGGCCCAAAGGAAAGCAUACUUCUGUUGCCUCCAAAGAGGAUUCGUGGACCCUAUUUAAACCACCCCCAGUUUUUCCAGUGGACAAUAGCAGUGCUAAAAUAGUUCCUAAAAUAAGUUAUGCAAGCAAAGUUAAGGAAAACCUCAACAAAACUGUACAGAACUCUUCCGUGUCACCAUCUUCGUCUUCAUCCUCUUCUUCAUCUACUGGGGAAACUCAGACCCAGUCUUCAAGUCGGUUAUCCCAGGUCCCUAUGUCAGCGCUGAAAUCUGUUACUUCGGCCAACUUUUCUAAUGGGCCAGUUUUAGCAGGGACUGAUGCAAGUGUGUAUUCUCCAGGGGGUCAGCCACUGCUAACUACUGCUGCUAGUACUUUAACACCCAUCUCUUCUGGGACUGAUUCAGUUCUCCAAGACAUGAAUCUGACUUCAGCAGCUGUUGAACAAAUAAAGUCCAGCCUUUUUAUCUACCCUUCAAAUAUGCAAACUGUGCUGUUGAGCACAGCACAAGUGGAUCUACCCUCUCAAACAGAUCAGCAAAACCUGGGGGAUAUUUUCCAGAAUCAGUGGGGUUUAUCAUUUAUCAAUGAACCCAGUGCUGGCCCUGAGACUGAUGGGAAAUCAUCAGAUCAUAAAGUGAUGGAGGUGACAUUUCAAGGGGAAUAUCCUGCCACUUUGGUUUCACAGGGUGCUGAAAUAAUCCCCUCAGGAACUGAGCAUCCUGUGUUUCCCAAGGCUUAUGAGCUGGAAAAACGGACUAGUCCUCAAGUUCUGGGUAGCAUUCUAAAAUCUGGGACUACUAGUGAGAGUGGAGCCUUAUCCUUGGAACCCAGUCAUAUAGGUGACCUGCAGAAAGCAGACACCAGUAGUCAAGGUGCUUUAGUGUUUCUCUCAAAGGACUAUGAGAUAGAAAAUCAAAAUCCUCUGGCGUCUCCUACGAACACUUUAUUAGGCUCCGCCAAAGAACAGAGAUACCAGAGAGGCCUAGAAAGGAAUGAUAGCUGGGGUUCUUUUGACCUGAGGGCUGCUAUUGUAUAUCACACUAAAGAAAUGGAAUCUGUUUGGAAUUUGCAGAAACAAGAUCCCAAAAGGAUAAUCACUUACAAUGAAGCCAUGGAUAGUCCAGAUCAAUGAAGGACCAGACUGCCUAUUUGUAACCUUUCUGCAGCAUUAGAGCCACCGUUCAUGGGGGACACAAGGCUUUUAUGCUCCUAGAUCUUCAACGCAGCAGAGGAACCAUAAGUAGAAUCACAGGAUAAUAUAUACAAAUAUAUAUAUAUACAUAUAUAUAUAUAGUUAUUUAAAAAAAGGCAACUGAAAGUAAUUAGACUUCUUAAGGAAUCAAAUUUAUUUCAAGAGACUACACAUGGUUAUUUAAUCUUCGGUACUGAAUAGUUUUUUUUUUUUUCUUUUGUUAGUUUUUGUUUUUAAGUGUGAAUGCAAGUGAUUAAUGAAUAUGGACUUAUUAACAAGCGUGGUUCUAAAGUUCCUGCUGUCAUCAACUUGGGCAACAAAUGACCCACUGGAAAGGCAAAUCCACUUAAAAGAUCUCUAUCUUGUUCUGUGACUAAAGUGAUACACUAAUCAUGGGGAACCCAGAAUGAUUCAACAUUUUCCCCCACUCUUCCCUUGAUCUUUUGGUUAUACUUUGAGCCCUGCGAGAAUGCUGGAUAAAUGCCUUGAAGUUUGCAGGGGUGGGUUUUUUUUUUUUUUAAUUGAUUUGCAUGUCUUGCCAGGAGUUAAGCAGCCUCUGUGGGGUGUUGGGGAAAUAUUUUUCUUUCCUUUUAUUUUUUGUGGGGUGGGAAAAGGGGAGGGAAUUGAAGUUCUACAAUUCUGGAAUAGUUGGUGGUACAUAGUUCACUUGACUUUGGUUGCAUAUUGGACUUUAAUAAGUAAAAAAUCCAUAAAUGUCAUUUGAAGAAAAGUUACAGAACAAACAGUUGGCUUUAGAUACUUAAUACAUGGAAAAAUAUUCCUGUGCCCAUAUUUUAAUGUAAUUGUAUAAGUGGGAGCAAAAAUAUAUUCUGCUUUUCAACUGUAGGUGCUCCAGACUUGCUCUCUGUCACUAACACUAAAUGUGCUGUUUUUCUUGUUUUUCAUCAAACAUCUGAAGAAAAACUUCCAUACCUUUCUGUAAAUUCUCUUUUAAUUUCUCAGAUAUAUCUAAAAGGGGAAGAAAAAAGUCCAUGAAAACUAUAAAACUUCAUGUUUUUAGCCAGUAAGGAGAUAAUAAACCCUGCCUAUAGAAAGUGUGUUUUCAUGCAAACUAUACUUCUGAGCUUAUUAGCUUCUAAUUAUAUUCUAAUAAAUAUAUUUUAUUACUAGAGCAAAUGGGUUUUUUAAGGACAAUAAUGUGAAAUUCUGGAAAUUUUCUUUUGGGCAGAGAAGAGCAUUAGCCCUGUCUUAUCACAUUACCAUCCUGUUGCACUGCAGCUUGUAUAUAGCAUGCUAAAAUAAAUUUUUUUGUGUGUGCAGAAACUAAGGGUCCAAUUUAAGAUUGGGUGAUGUUAGUGGCAUAAAAACAAGUUCUCUGGCCUGACAUAGAUAGCAUUGCACCACACACACACCGAAAUUAGUAUAUCCAUGUAUGUUAAAUACAGGUUAAAAUAGCAGGGCAUUUAUAUAGAGAGAUGUAGUCUUCUAAUAAAAGUAGACUGGAUCCCCUUAGGUAUUUGGGGAGAAAGUAACUACUUUUGCUCAACCCUUUUGCGUAAGAAAUGUCCAGUUUUGAGCGACUGUAGUAUGGAUGAGUUUUCUUGUUUUGUUGAUAAUUUGAGGCUUUUUUUUUAAUAAGUAGUUUGUGAAAGAAGUUGUUGGACUCGGCAUAGAGUAGAGAAAAUAUCUUUAUAGUCUGGAUUUCUGCCCUGCUUAGAUUUUAAAAGUAUAAGCAUGGAUUGCCAAUUCCACUUGAUGUAAACAAAACUUUUAUACAUAAUAUAUAUAUAUAUAUAAUAACUUAUUGUAUCAGUCCAGGUUCAGAAACUUGUGGUAGGCCAGUUCCAGAUAGUUUCAUUUCACCUGUAAACUGUAUCACUUUUACUGAUAUUGUAAUUUUCAAAUGUAUAAUAUGUUUACAGAUGUGCCCUGCAUUUAGUCUGCCUUGUUCUAUUUUGAUUUUUGUUGAGUCUCCUGCCUGCUUGCCAAAAGCUAGGAUGCUUCAGGCCCAUGUACAAUUGAAAGCAGAGGCAUCCUUGAGCUUUAAAGCAUUGAACAAACUGGAAAAAUGCAUCAUACCACAUACUGAAGUGAAAGAAGUCUGUGUUUUUGUGUUUUUUUUAAAUAAAAAUUUUCAAAAGGUUAAAAAAAAAAGAUACAAGGUUGAUUAAAGGAUAAAAAAGACUCCAGUUUGUUUUAUAGGUUUUAAAGUUCUGCUGUGUGUUCAAUUGCCUUGUGUAACCAACCACUUGUCGCCUUAGGGCCAGGUUCUUCCCCCCGCCCCCCUCCCCUUCCUUUUUUGAAAACAUCUAUUUUGUUUUCCUGGAAUUUGAAAGCUCUUCUGUCUCACAACUCACAAGAAAUUUUCUGGGUUUGUGACAUACAGAGGUUGAAUGAAUAUAUAUUUUAAAAGGAAAAAAAAAAAAGCCCCCAUCUGAAUUUUUACUUUAGAAGCAACACUUACUUUAAAAUAUCUUUUGAAAGCUGAGGUUGCUUUCGAGCUUCCUUAACAUACCGCUUAGGCCUCCCAUGUUUAGAGAAGCCAAAAAGAAUGUAUCCCUUCUCUGUGUUUGUCCAAAGGUUUUUGAGAGUCUCACUUCUAAAUGAAACAAUGCAACAUUUCACUUUGAUUUCCCCACUGAAAUUUCUCUGAUUAUAUGGUUAGAGGUAUAAAGUUAGGAAUGUCUCUUAACCUUCUGGAAACCCUAGUGCCCCAUCAUAUUAACUGUCAGUAUUUUUUGGGCAUUGGGUGAAUGGGCUUAUUUGCCUAGGUACAAGCAGGACUUGGGGACAUAUCUCCUUUGUGCUGUUUGGUAACACUUAACUCUACUUGUUGCAAUCUUUCUUCCUAGGUCCUCACACAAUUCCUUACAGAGCACUUAUUAAAAAAAAAAAAACUUAAAAAGAGUUGAUCUGUUUUCUGAUUAUUUUGUGUAAGCUUCUAAACUUCAGCUGUGAUUAAUUUAGCACAUUUAAAUAACAUUGAUGUGUUAUUGUUCGGUAUAAAGAAUUUUUCUUCAACUCAGAGUAUUAGUACUGUAGCAUAAACCAAAUACAGUCUAGAGGGGAUUUUUAACAUCCCUCCAUUAUAAAGACUGAAAAGGUGUGUGUUUCUGUGUGUGUGUGUUGAGUGCUUGUGUAUGAGAGAGAGAAGGAGAUAUUAAAAAUUAGUAAAUGAAUGUGUGUAAGACAUUGUAUUAGUAUUCAGAGAAUGAACUUGUAUUUAUUUUGUGCCAUUUGUUUUCAUUACACAGAAUAAAGUCAGGUGGUUUUAAUCCUUAAAAGGGUAGUAUUUGAAAAAUGGCACUAAGAAUGAAAUCAUGACCUAUUUUUUUAAUAGCUAUGAAGAUACUAAUUAUGGGUGAAGAUUUCUUUCUAAAUCUGUCUUGAUCGUAGGCUUCUGUGUCACAUACCACUCUUUUGCAGAUGUCUUGAAUAAUUCCCCUUCCCCACAAAAGACAGGGUGUAUUUACCUUUCUCUUUAUUCACCCCACUUUGCUGAACUGAAGUUAAUUCCAUAGCCUUUCCUCUGACCUUAGUAAUGAGCUUUCACAUACAGUGUAUUUACAGCAUCUAUAGUUAGCCCUUCCUCCUCCUCUGCUUUCUGAGAGGGGAAAGACAAUAACUAGGAAUUUGUUAAUGCCAGUUUUUUUCUUGAAAUAAAUGGCUGGAGAGCUUCUCUCCAUUUUAGAAUUUACUGUUCUUAAUCCUCUGCUUACCUAAUCAAUACAGAAUCUGCGAAAACUUUAUAAAGAAGUAAAAAGUGCUGCAUUGUUUUUUCCAGUAACAGUUUCUAGGGAAAAUACGAUAAAGCUCAAUUAUGAGUGUUGUCCACAAUAUAAAAUGUGUUUCUUCACACAACAUUACAUAGCAGCAGUAGUUUCAUGCUUGGUGGUUAGUAGGCUUGUUGCUAAUUCAUUUGAAGGCAUCUAAUGAUUUAUUUUUUGCUGUAAACUUUUUAAAACACAAAAAAGCCAUUUAGUGUGAAAUUGUCGUAUACCAAAUGGCCACAGUCAAGGAAAUCUGGAAGAGGACUUUACUUGAUUUUAAAUUCCACUAAACAAGGAGGGAGUCAUCCUUUGAAGGCUUUCUUCCUCAGAGAAAUAGAUUAAAAGUCCAAAUUCCUAGAAUUAUGGGUAUCAUUAUACCAUUGGGCCAUAUCUUCAAGUAACACAUGAUCCUUAUAUCCUGUGCUAAUUAUGAAACACACUAUAUUGGGACAAAUGUAUGUUCUCAUCAGGUCUGUUGAUGUUGCACCAGUUGAUGUAGAUUCUGAUCAGGCAGUGUCUUAAUACCGCUACCCAUAAUUUUACUGUUGUAUUUUAAAGAAGGUAGAAUUUGCUCAUCUUUUUUUCCCCCAAAGUGUUGAUAUUUGUUUAAAGGGGAGGGACAGAGGACAAAACUAGAAGAAUAAUAGCUGCUCUUCAGUUUGCAGAGAGACACAUAGGUUGUCGUUAGUUCUUAGUAUCAACGUUACUUUCAUUAAUUAAUUGACAGAGCACCAGGAUUCUUUUAUAGUGAGAAAGAUGGGCUUCUGCUUUAAGUAUCUUAAAAUGUUGCUUUUUAAAUAUUCAUCAGUCUGAGAUGUGUGAGAACCAGGACCACCCUGGGUUGGUUUAAUGAAUGAUGAAUCAUUGGCUUCAUUCAAAAGCACUACUUUACUGAGGUUUAAAUUAAAGUUCACACCCUUUUGGUACUCGAGAAGGGUCUCGCGAAUAAGAGUUUUAAGUAGUCUGCACAAUAAAAACACCCGGUGAACCAUGAAUGGUUUGUUGCUUUUGCAUUACUAGGAGUGUCAAAUAGCAAUGAUGAGCUGGAAACUUACAGAGCAGCCAUCCUCACAUAUGGGAUUGCUGAUUCAGACUUCCCUAUCCAUAAAAUUUUACGUCCAGAGUUCUAAAGCCAUCUUACAAUACUGCAGUAUCCCUUUUCUAACAGCCUUAUUAAAGUAGCUACAAACAUUUAUUUUCCAGUUUAGUUUCACUUUCGCUGCAUAUCAAGAGUUUUACUCUACAGACCAACAAACCAACUUGAGGUAAAUUAUAUAGCUUUCCAUAUACCCUUUUUUCCUCAGGUGCUAAACAAAGGCUCCAAAAAUGGAUACUGCUUUAGUAAUAUCUGUUUUCUUAAAUAUUUCUUUUGCUAGCUGUAAAGAUUUGAUGUUAACAAAAAUGGUUUUAAUAUGUAAAUACGAGUGAAUGCCUUUAGUUUGCCCUUGUUUGUUAGUUUGUUUCAUCCUCUAUAGAGGAGGGUCCUUUCAUUAUCUUGAAUACAUUUCAUUAGGUAUUGUUGCAUUUUUAGAAUGAAAAAACAAUUAUUUCUGUCUUGGAUUAAUCCUGCUGCUGCUAUGAGAAACUGAAAAUCAAGAAUGUGAUGCACUUUUUACAUUACUAUAAACCAUACCUUUAUAGGUUGCUUUGAUACCUUUCCUGUAGCACAGCCACUAACAAAAGUGAAUGAAUUUAAAAAUUCUCUUUUGGAGGUAAUCAGUACAAGUAAUUAUUUAUGGUAUUGGCCUGUAAAGGACAUUAACUUAAGAAAAUACAAAUUCUGUUAGUAUUACACUUUUUGGCCUUAAAGUGUCUUCUACUACUGAAAAUAUUCUAAAUCUUAAUUUUGCUUCUGUUUUCCCUCUCUGCCUCAAAAGGAGGAGUUGGAAGGAAUGGCUUGAAGGAAGUAGUAUCGUUGGUUUGUUGCUGAUCGAUCUUUUAGAAAAAAAACAAUUGUCUACUAUAUAAUCUGAGGACUUAAAUUUUUUUUUGUUUGUAUACAGAGGAGAAAUAAUGUUGCCCCAAGCCAAUCUAAUUUAGUUGAAUCAAUCAAAACUCCAACUGUUCUGCUUCUCUAGUGUAUUUUUGCUUAGUGAAGAUAAACUUUAGUAGAAUGCUACUUGACAAGAGGAAAAGUCAUUUCUCAAGCACAUAAUCAAACUUGAAGGAGAUUGAACCCAAUAUGAUGGAGGAAAAAACACCAAAUGGGGUGGAGGAAUAUGAGAAAGAUGUGGUCCAAAGCUAUCUGGUUAUAUUUUGAUGUUGCCAAUAUUGCAAAGCCAAAAUUUUAAUUUGCUUAUUUAAUAUAUUUGUUGGCCAGAGAUCUAUUUUUAUAUCAAUGUGCCUUGCAUGUAUAUUAAAAAAAAAAUUGGAAAGGCCAUGCCUGAGAUAGUUGAUGGUUCUUACCACCUCACGAAUUUUUAUGCAGUAUGGAAUGCUCAUUCUAUCGCCCAACUGGUGCUCUCUGUUUAAAAGUUAUAGAUCUUGUCACUAACUGGAACUAUUUUAUAAACUGGGAAAGUGAUUUAAUUUACUUUGUUUUUGUUUUUGUUUUAAUUCGUAAGUCUGUUAGUGGCUGUUCUGUAGUGGGAAAUAGUAAAAACAUUCUUCACUUCCUUUUUCUCUCCCCUUAGCACCUUCAAGUAAUGUGAUGACACCAUUUCUUGUGUGCUUUGAAGAGUUUCAGCCUGCUGUUUCCUUUAGUGUUGUAAAGUGUUAUAAAAAGCAUUGUUUGCAAAAUCUAGGGAGAUAAUGGAGUCCACUUUAAUUUGGAAUUCUAUGUGAGCUAUGAUCCAAGUUAUUGGCUUUUUCCAACUUUAAAAGUUUUUAUUGUUAAAUCACCUUGCUUAGAAAAUUUUAAUUAUUUAUGUCUGCAACAAUUGUCUCAAAACAAUGAACUGUGCAAUUCUUGUCAUUAAAAAAAAAAAAAAGAUCUGAACUCUCCCUACUGUGACUUGUUAGUUUCUCUGUAUUUCCUGCCAGUGUAAAUGUGAAAAGCUUUGCUUGCAUUACGUUUUAGAAAUGCAUUUUGCACACUCGAAUUUUGCCGAAGCUCCAUGAAAAGGUUAGAUCUAAGUAGAUGAAUAAAGCUAUGCACAUGUUUUGAAAGUUUAAUUUGUGUGUCAUUACCAAAAGUGACCUAUCCUUGUUACUUUGCUGCUCUUAGCUUCACCAUCUUUAGAAACAUGACUCAAAGUUACAGUUCUGGGCUAGCUCAUCAGUGGGACUAGAAGAGAGGAAAACUGGCACCUAUUUAAAUAACUUAGGUUUAAAUGAGAGCUUGACUUGUAUCUUCUAAAGGGCUUUUUUGAAAUAGGGCAGUUUUAUCAGCUUUACAAACUCUUGGAUACUCUUAAGUGAACUUUUGGUUUAUUUGGUCAGAAAUGGGAAGUAAUUGAAACUGAAAUGAAGGAAGAAAAAAAUUAAAAAAAAUAAAAACAGUGCAGUUUCCAAAAAAAAAAAAAAAUGAAGAACCUUUGCCACAUGGAGUUCUGUGACAAUUUAUGUCUUAAACCUGGUUUAAAGGUAGGAUAUCCUUUUUACCUUUGCUUUAGCAUAAAUUUGAUUUACUCAGUGAAUGAUUGACUUCAUUAGAAUCAUUCAUUUAAAGAUCAAAGCACAGGUUGUUUUUAAAGAUAAUACCUAUCUUAAAAACUGCCCAAGCUUAUUAGAACAAAUUUUAAAAUUGGGCUAAUUUGGUUAAAUUGCUGCAGUCUGCAUGUACUAAAUAGCUUUACUUCACAUGUAUGUGUACUUAAAAGUUUGUGUAGAUGUACUGGACAGAUUUUGUCAAAUCAUCUUUUUAAAAGAUUGUUUUGUAUUCUCUUCCGAACCUUUCUAGACAAGGCUAGUAAGUUUAUUAAGUAGAGAUAAUACUAACGGUAUUUCCCAUCUGCUCCUAGAUAAAGAAGUAUUUACAUUUUAAAGCUUUUUCCUAUGUAUAGGAUUACUUCUCUGUCAUUAAAUGUGCUCCUGAUGUAUGUUGUUGAUUUGCAAACAGCAAAACCCUUCCUUCUGUAUCUUCACUGAGUGACAGUUAAAAGCUAAGUCUACUGUCAAGACUUAAGAGGUGGCCCGUAAUGCAUGGCCUUAAAAGGCAUGAAUACAGGAGUGUAGCAUCAUCUUAGAUGGCUAUGGCUACUCCUCAGCACCUGUCAGUAGAUCACAUGUUCAGUCUUCGAACAUACUAGAGGAGCAAAGUAAUUUCUGUGUAUUGUGUGCAUCAGCACUUAGGAGCUGAGUUACCUCUUAAUCUAGGGGAAAGGACAACUAGCGGGCUACAACCACGUUAGAGGAUAUUUUUCCUUUCCUCUCCCAAUUAAAAAAAAUGUAUUUUCAGUGUUUGUUUUGCCCAGUCAAAAAGAUAGGCUGAUUUUCUAGAUAUAAGAACAGUGGCCAGAAAUUUACCCUUUUGCUGAAUGCUUACGUAUUUGCCAUAGCUGUUUCUGAUGUCAUGGAUUCUGAGGAAGUGUCAGUUACGUGAUGAUCUUCCUUAUUGAUGUCUUACUUCAUGUUCAGUGUUUUAAAAAUAUAAAUUACAAACACUCUACAUCCAUACCCAGAUUUACUUAUUUUAUCAGAAAAAAAAACUUGAGAAAUUUGUAGAUCAAAUUAAGAGACAAUAAGUGUACAUUGUUGAAUAAAAAAUUUUAAAGUU